CUGCUCUCGCGCGGUCAGUCCGCCGCCGCGAUCGGUCACCGGCUGACGUCGGUCUUCCCAACUUUAGUGCGUGUAACUUUUUAGAAAGUUCUUGUGUUGUGUUAUUUUUUGUUUUUUUCCGAGAAAUAUCUGUGGCAAUGACACUGUGCAGUGUCAGCAGAGUGCAGUGCGUGUGAUCUAAGUGACGGUCUUGGCCAUCUUACACCCAUAUUCGGAUUGUGCUUUGUCGGAGAACAAUCGUUCGUGCCAAAAGCUAAUGAAAAAUGAGCAGUGCAGUGAAUCAUCACUCAGAAGAGUGAACUAGUGUGGAUCCUCGAUAUUUAAUAUCGACAAAAGUGAAGUGAAACUCAUGCACCCGGAUUUCAAAGUGAAGUGAAACCUAUGCAACCAGAUUUUAAAGUGAAGUGAGACCUAUGCAACCGGUCACAAAGUGAAGUGAUAUAAAUGAUCGGAAUGAUGUGGUUCAAGCGUGAACCAAAACCGGUUUCUGAAAAGCCGGUGGAGAAUGGAGUGGUGGGGAAACUCCGGAGGAAGAAGGCUGUUCUUCUCAAGCCGACUCGUGAGUCGAGCGAGAGAGAGACUUCUACAGAGAGCGACAAGGAGAGGCGACGGUAUUCCGAUAUACUUGAUAUGAAAGUGUCACUAGAAAGAAGAGAUGAAAGUGAUGAAUCUCUGUACGAGUCAGCAGAUUGCCACAGCGACGCAAUAUCAGCCAGCGAUGAUGCUCUGCCAAGGCUCGGCAAAACACCAACCCUCAGCAAAGAAUCUCUUAAACUAGCAGUUACAGAUGAAGAAGUCGACAUUACUAGAAAUAAGAAAGGACACAGAAAAACCAUGUCACUAUCAAAUCCACUAGAAAUAGUAAAAAAUUUGGGAGAUGAGUGGUUUGAGUCGGCAAAGAAAGAUCUUGAAAAAUGCUCCGAUAAGAAGAAAUCAAGGGAAAGCCUUUGGAGUGAAGAAGACAGAGAUUCCAUUCACGGUUCCAAUAUGAAAUUGGAUCAAAUAAGAAAGAAUAGCAAGAAAGAGGACAAAAGUCAGUCCAAUAGCAGAAAGAGCAGUACCACAGAUGCUCCUAAAAGGAAAAGCAGCAAAGGUUCCUCUGUCAGUGCCUUGAAUCUGUUUAGACGAAAAAAGACACCGACUUCAAUGAAACCAGUUGAAGUUCUAUCAGAAGAUGCCGUAGACAAAGUGUAUAGCAUCGAAGAGAUUCUUCAUUCGACGUUAUUGUUUUUGGAAGGAGAGAAGCGUCACGCAGCUACUUGUGACAUCAAACCUCCACAAGAGACAGACUCUGAUGAUGAACCUCCUACUCCCAAGAUAUUGGGAGAGCAUAGAAGAAGACUGAGCAGACAGACUUCCAGAGGGAAAAGCAAAGUCAGAGGGAAGAGUCAGUCUGUCAAAGUUAACACGUUGAGAAAAUCUCACAGUGGGACGUUGAAGAAAGCUAAAAAGAAGAGCGCCAAGACUCCAUCCAUUGGCAGGAGCAGACAAGCGAGCAUCGUGGAACAGACCCCGGUUCCGAAGAAGAAGAAUUCGGACUCGGUGAAACACAGUUCCUGGUUUAGCAGUUCUAGAGGAGAGUCGAGGAGAGAGGGUUCGGCUGAGGAGCAGACGGCACCCGAUGCUGACGUGGACACCAGCGACACAGCCACCAAGGACGUGCCCGACAAGGACAACAAUUGGCGAGCGCCACCUGCCGCGCGCGGCGUGAACCGAGCGGAGAGCUGCCGCGAGCGAGACGCGCCGCGCCGCGGCAAGCACCGCAACGCCUCCGACCCGAACCGCCUCACCGCGCACACCAACCAGUGAGUU